AAAGGAUAUAUCCAACGUUUCUAUUGGUUGUUCUACAAAAAUACGUCAUCCCUGCACCACCGCAGAUUUAAUUCAAUUGGACGAUUUGUAUGUUUCAUUUUUCCGAUUAGCUAAACUUAAAUUGACCAUUAAACUAUAUUCAAGAUUAAUACACACAUUGGCAGCAACAUCGUUAAACGCCUCACUAUAUAUAUUAUUAAAUCCCGACAGCAAUAUAUACUGUUUUAUUCUGUUUUCCUUUAAAAUAUCCCGAAUUGUUUUAGCCCUCGAGUAAAAACCGCCAAUCAGAAGCCGCGCUCCAUGGCGUUGCUAGGCAGAUUAUGUUAAUAUAUGCAAUGCAGCCGUCUCUGCAGCUACCAUUCUGAGGUAAGAUCAACUUGUACGCUUUCCACUAAAUGUAAGAAAACUAGGAUUUGCUUCAAGACUACUUGUGUAGCUCGACUCCUCGUUAGUCUUUCUGUUGAUAUACAUUAAAUGAGCGGGAUGUUUUAGCUUAUUUGAACCGGUAGGAAAUGUAUGUUUUUUUCUGUGCGUCUCUCUUCAUGUCGCUGUUGUUGUUAGUCCCACCCAAAAUGGAGCCCGGUCUUCCUUGUUCACAGUAGUCUUGAAGGGCUGGGCUCAACUAGAAAUGGGGGACGGGUGGGUGUACCCAAAUAAUUCGGUCUUUUGCCGCUUGAAAUCUAACUGUGUGAAACAUCGCAGAAUGCAGUCCAGGUCCUGGGGUCUGUGAAGGGAUGAGUAGCUCUGAGGUCGGCCUUACUUUGGGACUAUACGGCCGUAAUGCUUAUGUAGGCGGUGCGGUGAAUGCCCGGGUUUCUCAAGCGCUGGUUUGUGUGGUAUGGUCCAGUUGGGACUGAGAACCUGCGGGGUUAAAAUAGGGGGGAUUGAAUUUUUUAUUGAUUAUACCAACAAGAUUUCUGAAUGAGUUUACACAGUGGUGAUUUUUCCCGGUGGCAUUUGUGCCGAUAUGCGGCUGUAUUUAGACACCGUUUCCCGGACUGGCUCGUGAGCAAACGUUAACCUUGUUUCCCCUCUUACCCCCGCUGAGAGUCCUGUGUGACCGCUCACAACACCAAGUGUCAUGCUGCUUUAUUUUGGCGUGAACGUCCUGUCAGCCGAGCAUAACUGUGUCUGGAGAACCCAAAAUAUGUGUUGCAGAUUGCACGUGGGGUUAAAUUCAAUUUGCUGAGAGAAGCUUCUGCAGUGCCUCGCAGACAAACAGCUUUUCUGUGUCUCGUGCAUAUGACUCUGAUGAACCUGUAACAGUAGAGGCUCCAUUGCAUCACAUUGUUUAAAAUCCCAUAUUGUUGUGUCAUGAUUAUUGAUUAUUCUCAAAUGCAUAUUUAAAUCAAGCUUCCAUAUUUUACACAAUAUUACCCGUUAUCACCAUGUAGAAUUAUUAUUGUUAUCGUUAUUAUGACUGUCCUCCUGUUGUCGUUACAGUCUCUCUCCAGAGUGAAGUGAUCGGUGACGUGGUUGCCGAUAGGCCUGGCAACUUGCUGCCAUGGAGACCAAACAGGAGCCAUCGUCUGUGUGGAGUCAGACUUCUGACAACGAUCCAGCCAACGGCACACAGGUGCAUUUUGAAGGCGGCACAGUGGCCCAGAUCGUGUACAGUGACGAUCAGUCGGACCGGGGACAGCAGCAGGUGGUUUAUACAGCAGACGGGAACUCCUAUACCUCAGUAGAGUCUGCAGAGCACACACUGGUUUACAUUCACCCUGCAGAUGGCACUCAGAACGUUUUUGCUGACCAGCCACAAGUGGCUUACAUUCAGCAGGAUGGUACAACGCAACAGGUCACAGUUCUGCUGCCCAGUGGACAGAACAUGAAUGCUGCCAACCUGCAUGUUCUCAGUAACGUAGCAGAGGCUCCCCAAGCUAUCCUGGAGCCAGUUUCCCAGGAGCAGCUGUCCGUGUCCAAUUCGCUCCCCUCCAUGGCUGACAUCGCGGACCCCCCCACCAGUCUCCUCGGGGCCACAGACUCCACGGAAGAUUCUGACGAAGAUGAGGACGAAGACUCUGAGAUGGAUGACUGGGAACCUCGUCUGCCUCAGUCGUUCAACCCUCACAGCCUCUGGUGUGACGAGUGUAAUAAUGCCAACCCCUCCGUGUGCCUGAAGCACGGCCCUCUGCACCCCAUCCCCAACCGGCCUGUGGUGUCCAAGGCCCGGGCCAGUCUGCCUCUGGUCCUCUACAUCGACCGCUUCCUGGGCGGAGUGUUCUCCAAGAGACGCAUCCCAAAGCGCACACAGUUUGGUCCGGUGGAGGGACACCUGGUUUCUCAGAGUGAACUGCAGGACCACUACCUUCAUCUAAAACUGUGCGUGCUGGAUGCAGAGACAGAUGGAGAGAAGUCUGAUGACAUGUGGUUGGACCUUUCUGAUGAAGACCGCUGUAACUGGAUGAUGUUUGUGAGACCUGCUGAGAACCACCUGGAGCAGAACCUGGUUGCCUACCAGUACGGCUCAGAGAUUUUCUACACCUCCAUCAAGAACAUCCAACCCAAACAGGAGCUCAAGGUUUGGUAUGCGGCAUCAUAUGCAGAGUUCGUCAACCAGAAGAUCCACAAUAUUACAGAAGAAGAGAGAAAAGUGCUCCGGGAGCAAGAGAAGAACUGGCCUUGUUUUGAGUGUAACCGCCGCUUCGUGAGCUCUGAACAGCUGCAGCAACAUCUCAACAUGCAUGAUGACAAGUUAACCUAUGUCACCAGAUCCAGAGGCCGGGGUCGAGGAAGAGGCAGGAGGAGAUUUGGGACAGGAAGAAGACCGGGACGCCCGCCUAAAUUUAUACGUUUGGAUCCACCAGUCGACGCCGGUGGGGAAAAGACAACAGAGAUGAUGGAAUUGACGGAGAAGCCUCUGGAGGAGCGAGCGGACGGAGCUCAGAACGGGUUGACGGUGGUGGUGGUGGAUAUGGAGUCGGAGGCAGCAACUGGGUCUGAGGCAGAGGGACAGCUUGUCUCUCCUGCAGGGGAGCCGGUUUCAGAGUCCGUCAGCCCGCCCUCCGACACGGACGUGCCUGUUCCACUAAAGGAGGACCCAGCACAGAGCAGCCAUUCGGACGCCCACCUCACCUCUCAGGACAUGCGCCGUGCCAAGAGGAUACGGAUGGAUGUGCAGAAUGCAGCGCUGCAGCACCAUUUCAUUAGGAAGAGCUUUCGGCCUUUUAAAUGCACCCACUGUGGAAAGGCCUUCCGGGACAAAGACAAGCUGGAUCAGCACCUGCGGGUCCACGGCCGGGACGCCUACGCCUUUUCCUGCCACAUUUGCAGCAAGACUUUCAUGAGCGACUCGGCCCUGGAGGACCAUCUGGUGGUGCACACGGAGAACCGCUCCUACUCUUGUCUCUUAUGCCCGGAAACCUUUGAAAGGCUGGACCUGCUCAAAGACCAUGUCGGGAUGCAUGCUGUGAACGGAUGCUUCACCUGUCCCACCUGCAAGAAGACAUUUACUGACUUCAUCCAGGUGAAGAAGCAUAUCCGCUGCUUCCAUUCAGAGAAGGUCUUCCAGUGCCCAGACUGUGAAAAGGCCUUCUGCCGGCCGGACAAGCUGCGUCUGCACAUGUUACGCCACUCUGACCGCAAGGACUUCCUGUGCUCAACAUGUGGCAAACAAUUCAAGAGGAAAGAUAAGCUGCGGGAGCACAUGCAGCGCAUGCACAAUCCCGACAGAGAGGCCAAGAAGGCAGACAGAAUCCACCGCUCCAAAACCCUCAAACUGAAGUUGCCCACCUCGGACUUCGAGAGCUUCAUGUUCAAGUGCAGAUUGUGCAUGAUGGGAUUCAGACGCAGAGGAAUGCUGGUCAAUCAUUUGUCCAAGCGUCAUCCAGACAUGCGUAUUGAUGAUGUGCCUGAGCUCACGCUGCCGAUUAUCAAGCCCAACAGGGACUACUUCUGCCAGUAUUGUGACAAGGUGUAUAAGAGUGCCAGUAAGAGGAAAGCACACAUACUGAAGAACCACCCUGGGGCAGAACUGCCUCCCAGCAUCCGUAAGUUGCGUCCGGCUGCUCCUGGUGAACCAGACCCCAUGUUGAGCACACACACACAGCUGACUGGCACCAUCGCCACUGCACCGGUCUGUUGCCCACACUGUGCCAAACAGUACAGCAGCAAGACUAAGAUGGUUCAGCACAUCAGGAAGAAGCAUCUAGAGUUUGCCCAACUCAACAACACCAUCCAGGCUCCUCUGACUACAGCGGUCAUCAGCAGUGCUCCUGCAGUCAUCAGUGUGGACAGCACCACAGCUGAGGCUGUAGUGACCACAGAUUUGCUGACCCAGGCCAUGACGGAGCUUUCUCAAACACUGACCACAGACUUCCGCACAGCUCAGGGAGACUACCAGAGGAUCCAGUACAUCCCAGUGUCUCAGGCAGGAGGCAACCUAUCCCAGCCGCAACACAUUCAGCUGCAGGUGGUGCAGGUGGCUCCGGCUUCCCCCCCACAUUCCCAGCACCCGACAGUAGAUGUGAGCCAGCUGCAUGACCCUCAUGGCUACAGCCAGCACUCCAUCCAGGUACAACACAUCCAGGUCAACGAGGCCUCAGGCACUGGACAGGGUGCCGGCCAGCCUCUAAGCCCCACCUCCCAGCAGCCCAGUCAGGAGCUGAGCCCCACCCAGCUGACCCCUGUGACCUUAGCUCAGAGCCACACCCUGCAGACCAGCAGCACCCAUCAGCAGCAGCAGCAGGGGACCGUGCAGCACGCCUACAUACCCGGGAACUGGAACUACCGAGGCUACUCGUCUGAGAUCCAGAUGAUGGCUCUACCCCACACGCAAUAUGUGAUAGCUGAGGCCAGCAGUCCUGUAUCUGGAGUCAACAGCAACCAGACGCACUACGUUAUCUCUGAGGGUCAGACUGAACUGGAGACUAAACACACGGUUCCUCAGAGUACAACCCAGGGCCAUGCGGAACAUCUGGAGCAGCAACCGGCCACCACGCAGUACAUCAUCACCACCACCACCAAUGGCAGCGGCACUAGUGAAGUUCACAUCACAAAACCCUGAAGUGUGCUGCGAUGAACUCUGCAAACCACGGACUGAUCCUGCAUGUAUACCUCAGCAGCUUGUAUGCUCAUUGAUGAACAAACACACAGUCGCAGGUGGAUACAUACAGCGCUAACACGGGACUUGAUGACCAGCACAGUUUUAUGUGUCUGUAAGAUGAUGAAUGAGCUGUUGAGUUGCAAGCUGCCGGAACUUUGUGAGAAAGUUAAGUUAUGAGAUUUAAGUUUUGAUUUUUAACAGAAUAUGUAAUCAAAGACUGAACUGAACUUGCUUUAAAGACACAGCACUGGAAACAUUUUCAUUGAAACUGCUAAAAACAGGGACAUUAUAUUAAAUACAGGGUCCUGUAUGGACCAUAAAAACAAACAUUUUACAGUCUUAUGUGUGAGCUACUGAAGUGGUGGAAAUAUUUUAUUGCUCAGUCCUGACACAUAUUCGAGUGCCCAUUUUACAUAUUUGUAAAGUUACAGGAAUUUCUAAAGUGUAGUAUUUAUAAUGAAAUACAGAACUGAAAAAUACUGUAUAAAACAGUUCUGGGGGUAGUCCUUUCAAACAGGUCAUUGUGUUUAUGCCUAACACCAUCUGUUGAGUUGUAUGUUACCCUAUUGUUGCUGACCUCAGAUGUGUCUAUUCAUUUCCUUUGGGAAGGCCUCAGACAAUUCUUAUUCAUGUAGGGGAUUGUCCUAAUGUCUCCUAGUUAAAGUGUUACAAUUAGAAACAUUAGGGGACAGCAUCACAUGUUUGCAACUGAACAGCUGAGGACGUCCACAUACAAUGUGUUAAGAAGGAUAAGGGCUUAUUCCAUUGUAUUAAUCUGUUUAUGAAAUACAACCAAUAUUGCAAGUGCUUCAUUUGGGGCUGGUGCUUAAAGAACAGCACAGUGUCUUAGGGUAAAGGGGGUGAUAUUGCCACUCAGCAUGUCUCAUAUUUCUUUCCCAAUAUGGUGAGAAAAGAGGAAGUUAUUCAGAAGGAAUAGCUCAAACCUUGCGAUAGCAUUCACCUGCCUACUGUGUGUUCAUGAGCAAGGCCUCUAAUGCUGGAACUUAUAGUAUUACAUUACUUCUGGUACUUAGACUUUCAUUAAGUACUUUUAAUUUACCCAUAAAGGCCACACCAUAAAAUCUAGGCUCUUGUAAAAUGCUGUUUAUGUGCCCAUUAUUUAUAUUAGUCUAUAGACUUGUACAAUGUAAAAUAUUGCAGGAAUAUUAUGAGACUUUGAUCAUGUACAGCGGUGAUUUUGUCCUUUUGUUUAUGUGUUGAGAAAUUAAAUUGUUUUAUAUCUGC